GUUUUUUAUUAAGCUAAUUUAGUCGCUCAUAGAUUUCCAUACGGCGCAGAAGGCGUCACGAAAUGAGAAUGAUCAUGCCAGUAAGUUUCAUCGUCCUUCUCGCUCUGCUCGCCGUUGGCAAAUGCUACGAAGAUUUUGAAUUUCCAAUCAGCGAGGCAGAUCAGGUGCGCGUGCCAGAUAACGAGACCGCAGCUCUUGGCCAAAAAGUACCCGACGGCAGCACAAGCAGGAUUUAUGGCUUGGAGUGUUACAUCUCAAAUCAGGCGUUUCCAAAUGAAUAUUUGUACAUGCAGUCAGGGUGGAAGGGCGACUACCCUGUCAUGCAGCCAGGAAUGCCAAGAAGACACUUCGACAAGUGGAACUGGAGGGGAAUGUGGCUCAUCAAUGAAAUCGAGAUCGAUGGAGAGGCGUACUACCAGUUCUGGAAUCACUACUACCACAAGUACUUGAGCUACAACCCCUCAAGCAGCAAAUACGUGAAAGGAAAGUCAGCCGGCGACUCGAUGGACACUGUAUGGACCGUGGGCCAGCAGGGCAACGCUUAUUCGAUUCAUCACUCGAACGGCUACCUGCACGCCAUGACUUGGAAAAGCAAAAAGGACAACCGCUUUGUUGGAGUCUUGAAUUACAACCCAGACAAGGAGAUAUACAAUUGGCGCAUAAUCUGCCGCAAUAGUAAGGGAUUUGUUUCUUCGUAAAAUUAAAAAUUUUACGUUUGUAAGCGACAUCUCAGGAAACAUUAUAUAGUUUUCAUCUAUAAUAUAAUCUUUUAGUACAUAAUAUAUAAUAACAAAUUGUCACACGGUGCAAUUCGCUUUUGCUAAAAUAUGCAACCUGCGAAGCAUGCCCGUCGUGAAAUUGCAUACAAUGCUAUAAUUCGAUCAAAGAUUGCAGCACAAGUAACUGCCAGUGGAUAUUUUAUUGCCACAUUUUGCACUUUUAUGAAUAAA